UUCUUUUGAAUCACGCGCCAUCUGCGGUCGGUACGUUAUCUUGCGCUGUCGUCUCUCUCGCUCGCGAGACGUACUUUAUGAUGCCGUCGCUGCAUACAAGUUUUGUCACGGAAGUAGGUAUGCGUGGAAACGAGUUUAGCGUGCUUUACGUGAUUGUAAUCGAGGCGAAAGAGCGAUGACACGUCGAUCGCGUUUGAUCGACGCGCGUAAUGAGAGAGGGAAAGAGAGAGAGAGAAUGAUUUGUAUUUGUAUGCCCAUGUUGCCUCGAGGCUGAUGCGUCCUUGGCGUCUACUCGUGCAAUUCUUUUGUUUCGCUUCUGUUAUUUAAAAUUUACUGGUCAAUUCAGAUGGUAAAUAGGCGUUGCCGAAUUUCUCGUCGCUACGGACGUUUACGAACGAGCGAUAAUUCGUAAACCCUUGGCUGCCGUAUCAAAUAAUUUCGCCGAGCUAUAUUUACAAACUGCGAGCUGGAUAUUACGAAACACCCACCGCCUGCCUUAUAUCUCUUUGCGAAUGCUAAUUUGGCGCGACUCGAGCAAAAUUUAACGAUCCUCGAAGCGUAAACUACAUUCUAUUUGUGCAACUGAGCCGAAAAAUUAUGAAUCAGCGCGCGCGGGCUUUGAAAAAUAAGGCGAGCAAAUAGAUAGACAUCGUAAAUCCAAUCAAUCUUUUCGGCGCGUAUAGUAUUUUUGGCGAGAAGAAAAAGAGGCGCGCCUUGACCCAGUGCACCGAGUCCCGUCGACGGUAACUUCCUUUUCCGAAACGCGAUCAUAAUCGACCUUGUCAGCUGAUUCGCGCACGCGUACUAUCGCGUGCGUCGAGAAUUCAACAACUCUUUUAUCAUUACAUAAUUCAUAGCGCGUUGCGUUGAGCGCAAACAGCAGCGACGGAAACAGCGAUAUUUUUGCCGAUGCGCUAUGGCGCGAGUCGCUCCGAAAGCCGCGUGCGUGCCGUGGCAAUCUAUCAGAGCAGUCCCAUUCCGCGGCAUUUUAACGGUCUCUAUUACACGCAUAAAUCUCAACUAACGCGAAUUUCUGUCCGUCGAGUGCACCGCACACCGACGUCCCAAGCCGCUGGAAUGCCAGGUGAUCUCGUUUUUCCAAGAGACUUUUAUGGCCAGAUCGCUCUUUCCUUUGCCAAUUGCGUCGGAAAUUACCUCUUAAUUGAGGUACUUUUCCCCUCCCUUACAUCGUCAAUUUUUCGAUUGGCGAGUACUGCGCCUCGCAAGCCCUAAGGAUGCCGACGCGGCGAGCACCAGCGACGCGCUCUCGCCGCAUCCUUGAACCGCUGCUGGCCUAGCCGAAGCGAGCGAGUUCGUUACCCGAUUGCGUCGCCGUCGCAACGACAAUGAGCGCGAGGCGGCUAUCGAGUUUCUGGCUUACGCACGGCCCGGCAAAUUAAAUCCUGUAUCGGACGGAUUGGCCGUUCGAGCGCGCUCUCGGACCGAGGCGUUCGCUCGCUAAUUCCGGCGCGUUACACGCUCGGGCGUUAUCGCGCGCCUCCAGGCCGGGAGAGCCCACAUGGAAGAGCUGCGCGGCUGCGUGGCGGGCCCUCUAUAAAUACACGUCCGACGAAAAUCGGCCGAGCGCCUCCAGCCGCCCGCGAGUCUUCACCAUCGGCGCCGCGGACUCGGCGGUUCGCGUAAAUUUAGAACGCAGAUCAAGGAAAAGAAGCAGAAGAGGAAGAGAAAGAGAAAGAGGAAGAGGAAGACGAAGACGAAGACGAAGACGAAGAAGUAGCUCUCUCUCCCACAGACGAGCCGGACUGCCGCUCGCUCGCCCCGCGGCGGGCGUUUGCAUUGUAGUGCGCGGAUAGAAAACGGCCGUGGCGAGUCGGCGAAGGCUCAGUCAGCUCCGAAAAGUCGCGCCACGCGCGCUGCGCUCCGUUGCACAGCCGAGCCCGGCCGCCCUGCGAUUUUCGCCUCCUCCCGCAAGGCCCCGCGCGAGCCGAGCGACGCCGACGACUCGCCGUCUGGCUUCGCACUUGGUGCCCCGGGCCGAGGGACCGAGGGGCCGCGUCGCGCCCAAAUGAGCCGCCGAGGCUAGCCCGCAGUCGGUGUGCGCGUCGCGACUCGCGGCGAGCGUCAUGGACGAGGAGCACGGCUCGCCGACGAAGCCGUCGGCGGCGACGAGUCAGUCGUCGCUGACGCCCACGCUUAACCUGAUGGAGCAGCUGCUGCUGGCGAAAAUCGAAAGGUCGGAAGACGGCCAGGCGGGCGAGCGCGCCGGACGCGCCGGGCGCGCCGCCCGCGCCAGGUCCGGCAGGCUGCUGCGCGCCGACUCGAUGGACAGCCAGACGAGCGCCAGCACUUUCAGCUCGGCGCUCAGCGCCGAGUCGGCGAGCAACAACCGCUACUGCAGCUGCGACGACUGUCUGCUCGGCAUCUCCGACAGCUACGCCCAGCCGAAGCGCAACAAGCCUACCGUCCGCCACCGCGGCGAUUUCGCGAGUAACGUCCGAAAUCGUGCUCGAAGACAAUCGAUCGCACGUGUACGCGCAUCCACCCUCGCCUACCGCGAGCGUCGGUGCGAAUGACGCAAAUAAAUCGACAAUAGUAAUGAUAAUAAAGUCGCUGUCUCACGCGCGCGAACAAAGACGACGGGUAGGAAACGUUGUCCCGGUGAGGAUUUGCUUUCCGCGGAUCUCUCGCUUGCCAACUAGGCGCGCUGCGGUACCGCAACGCGAGCGAUGAUGCGCACCGACGGCAGAAAGCCCCCGAAGCCCUUCCCUUCGAAACGCCAUAGGAUCCGAACGCGAAGCGGAAGUCCGGAGGUCGAUCGAGUGAAAUAAAGAGAGCGAUUCUAAAUAAAGAUCGCCGCGCGCUCCUUCGCAAAUCGGCCGCGCGAGUUCGCGGUAAGCAGAACGCAACAAGGACUCGCGACGAUUACCCCGCGGGCAAAGAGAGAGAGAGAGAGAGAGAGAGAGAGAGAGAGAGAGAGAGAGAGGCACGUCGGUUCGCGAGAUUCCUCGCAUGGCGACGUGGCGGUCGGUAAGAGAGCGAUCGCGCGCGGCUCGAGUGCGGCGCGGUGCGAGCUACGCGACUGGCUAAGUUUUUCCGCGGCCACGGAAACUUCCUUGCGGCGCCGAGUUGGUUAGCGAGGCGCUUACAGCGUCGCGUAAGAGGCCGCUAUGCUAAUUCGUCUUGCGCGUUCCAUUGUCCUUUGCACGAGGACUCUCGUCGUCUCUUCGAGCCGCGAGGCGCCAAGCUACGUCCAUAUUAUUGUCGCGCGCUGUUUUUUCUAUAUAGAAAAAAGCAGGCGCGAACUUGACCGAAAGCCAGCGAUCGGGGGGAAACAAUCGACGACAAGCGGUCGCGCAGCUCAAGAUUUGAACGUGUCGCGAAGAACCGCGCGAGAUACCGUGGAGAUCAGCGACGCCGAUCGUCACUCGCUCGCGCGCGCGUGACGCACUUGUCGAUGAAUAAUCAACGACAGUCGAUUACGCGCUCCGGGAUCAAUGAAUCGGAAAAGCAUACGCUUGCGCGUCGCUCCUUGCUUUUUCUCUUCUUUCCCGCGCCGAUUGACGACAGAUCAACGCGACUAUGCGGAUGAGCUCUCGCCCACUGCUAAUUACAAUCGGUGGCACAAUCGGUAGCGCCGGGAUCGACGAGUACCGAAUGCGCGAUCGUUUGCGAAAAUUGCUCGUCCACGGCUCGGCAGCUGACGCACAGCCGUACUUCGAUGAAACUGACGGUCGACGACCAUUGAGCAUCUUUACGGAUUUUUCGGCCGGCCGUGGCGUCAGCUUACCUGGCUCUUUUUUCCCCGUUGGCCAACUCUUUUUUUAGCAGUCAAUCGGUACAGUGUAAGCAAAAGUAAGUUGCGGUGCUUCGAAACGAACUCCCGAUACCCGUUUUCAUUUGCUCUUUUCGCAACGCUACCGUUGGAAAUCCAAGUAAACUCGCUUUCUCGUCGGCUCUCUUUAUUUUUUUGUUGUUUGUCGUUCGCGAGCUCAUCGAGGCGACGGACCCGAGCGAAAAGCAUCGAACGAUUUUCGAUUGGCGAAAAAUUGCGCGUAACGAGGCCGGUGGUUCGUGCGAAAGUCAUGAUUGUCCGCUGAGCGCGGCCUUUAUGUAAGCGACGCGUGGUGUUGCAGUUUAUGCGAGUUUUGUGAGCAAUUUCUCUCUCUCUCUCUCUCUCUCUCUCUCUCUCUCUCUCUCUCUCUCUCUCUCUCUCUCUCU